CUAUGAUCUGCAACACUGAUGAUCGACCGGAUGACCAAAUCCGGAAGGAGAUCCACGACUCGUGAGCCUGCUUGCGUGCUCAUGGCGAUCAGGGUAUCAUGUUUGCUUCUUCGUUUCCUGUAGGGCUCGCAGUCAAGGCAUUCACUGCACUGCCUCGCCUCACGUUGUCAUCCCCUUUUGUGUACUGCCGAAUUUCCGAACCCAAUCCUUUGCAACGCAACACUGCUGUGUCAAUUGCUGCCCUAUGCUUCCACAGGGCAUUCAUCAAACACAGGGCACCACUCAGGACGUUCAGGAACGUCAACGGUCGGCCCCGUUCACGUCUGAAGCAUGAUCUAGCAUCAAAUUGGAUCCUCGUACAGGGAUAAUCGCUUCACUUUGUUGGCAAGAGCUGGAUGAGCGUUCACCGUUUCUUGACAGAGACGGCGCAGCACGUCCCUAUGUCGUUGGGAAUGACAGCGCAUCGUGCGAGCAGGAUGUACCCACACUAUGCGGAGUCUUCAAGCCGUGUAGAGCCAUUCACGGUUAAUUGUUGACCAGCAUUCGCUCGGUUUCGCAUCCUUUCACACACAUGAUAGCUAUAAACCUGACUGGACAAUAUCUGAGGGAUUCUCCGGAAGGCAGCGCCGAUCUGCAUGCAGCACAAUGUUGCAUGUUAGCUUAUGGUUACCGCUUUCGGAUUAUCAGCUUAUCGUUUUGUUCUCUGAAUACGCCGAGCACCAAUCACGGAGACGAGUCGAGCACCUUUGAGGCACUACAGAAUCC